AUCUCCCUUUAAAUUAUGGUUUGCGAUGCCAAGAACCAAAACAUCAUGGUGGUCACCGUCUGCACGUGUUAUGUCAGUUCAGGCUGCAAUCGUGUGCCUCACUGUGCAGACUGGGGCAAAAAUAAUCUGAUAUGUUACGGAUCCUGCAAUAAUGUCGCAAUCUAUCAGCCAGAGGUGGAGACAUUGCAGAACGCAGACACUGUUCGAGGAGGAGGAGGUACACUGUAUAUGCUGACCUCACACACUGAUAGAGUGAACAGUACAAGAUGGAUUCCUUCUCCCCACUGCACACUUUAUCCUGAAAUCGAGCUUGUCUCUUGCUCUGUUGACAUGACAGCAAUUGUAUGGCACUAUAAAGAUCAAACUCACUGGGAAAAACAUGCUGUGUUAUCUGGGCAUCAAGGGUCAGUUACUGUGUCUGCAGCUGUGUAUAUUGGAAGCAGGUCUAAAGAAUUUUCAAAAGAAUCAGAACUUCUAGUAGCAACAGCAUCUUCUGAUUCCACUGUGAGGUUAUGGCAAAGGAAACCAUUCUGUGAAGAUAUAUUUGCUGUUCAGACACUGUUCUUUGGCACUGGCUUUGUCCUGGAUCUUUCAUUGCUGAUGAUUCCAGCCACACAAGUGCCUAUCCUUGCUUGUGGAGCAGAUGACCACAAAGUGCACCUCUAUGUGCGCCAAGGUGAGCAGUUCAUGCCUGUCAUAAAGUUAGCAGGUCAUGAAGACUGGGUGAGGGGACUGGACAUGACUGUAGAUGAUAUAGGUGAUAUUCUGCUGGCAAGUUGUGCUCAGGAUCACUUGAUUCGCAUCUGGAGAUUUUCACAGCGAUCCCUGGACACAGUGACUGGUCCUGGUCCAGUCUCGAUCACCAAUCUUGUUCCAGAGGAAGACAUUAAAAUGAAGGAGAAGACAUUUUCUUUUCAUUCAGAUGGUGAACAGAAGUAUUAUGCAGUCAUUCUUGAAUCAGUGCUGAGUGGACAUGAAGGCUGGAUCUACAGCAUACACUGGCAAAGGCCGCAGUGUUUAGAUGAGAAGUGGCUUCAGCCAAUGGGCUUGCUGUCUGCAUCAAUGGACAAAACAAUGAUAAUCUGGCAGCCUGAAGCAGAGGGAGGCAUGUGGGUAGAAAAGGUACGUGUUGGAGAAGUUGGAGGUAACACACUUGGAUUUUAUGGAGGUCUUUUCAGUCCAAGUGGCGAAUCUAUUUUAGCUCAUGGCUAUCAUGGAGCUCUGCAUCAAUGGAUUUUAAACAAAACGCUUAAUUCUUGGGAGCCAGCAGUUACUGGCGGGGGUCAUUUUGCCAGUGUUCAAGACCUGGACUGGGAAAAAGUAGCAGGCAGAUUUGUGUUGACCACAAGCUUGGACCAGACAACCCGCCUACAUGCUCCCUGGGUCCACAAUGGCAAAUAUCGAGGAUGGUAUGAGAUUGCACGGCCACAGAUUCAUGGCUAUGACAUGCAGUGCCUGACAUCUAUUAAACAAUUCAUGUUUGCAUCUUCUGGUGAUGAGAAAGUGAUCAGAAUUUUCCAAGCACCACGAAACUUCAUUCAGAAUCUGUGCAACAUCUGUGGUUUGGAUGAAAUAAAUGAACUGUCUCAAGAGGAAACUAGCAGCUUGCCAGAGGGUGCUAGUGUUCCAGCCCUUGGCUUGUCAAAUAAAGCAAUAUUUGAUGUAGGUUAUACCGCAGCGGAGGAUAACAGACUGAUUCCAGCACAGCAAAAUGAGCAGUAUCCUGAUGUCUACUUUUCCCCUGUUGCACUAAAAACUCCUCCAAGUGAAGAACACUUACUACAAAACACACUCUGGCCAGAAAUCCACAAACUCUAUGGGCAUGGUUAUGAGGUGUUUGCAAUGGCAUCAAAUCCUGCAGGAACCUUGCUGGCUUCAUCCUGUAAGGCAGCCAAAGCAGAACAUGCAAAAAUCCUGUUGUGGGAUACUAGCAUGUGGCGCACAGUUGGUUGUCUAGAGGGCAGCACUCUAACAGUCACACAAAUGGCAUUUUCCCCAUCAGGACAGUUUUUGCUGGCCGUAUCUCGUGAUAGGACGUGGUCACUCUAUAAAUGUGCAGAUAGCGCAUUUUCUCGGAUCAGUUUUGUCGACAAACGAACAACACUGCACUCACGCAUUAUCUGGAGCUGUGCAUGGAGUUUUGAUGAGCAUUACUUCUUCACUGCGUCAAGAGAUAAAAAGGUUCUAGUCUGGUGUUUGAAGGAUGUCUGUGAAAGACAGCCACCUAAGCCUGCUGACUCAAUUGAAAUGAACGAUUCAGUAACAGCCAUUGAUGUGGCAAAGGUUAUGCUCUGUGGUGACAGGUACCUUAUAGCAACAGGACUGGACCAAGGUACUAUUAGCCUUCACACAUGGACAGAUUCCAGUUCAUGGACAUUCAUUUUGGCAUUGGAAACAAGGUGACCAUUACAAGUUAUUUGCAACUGCAGGUUCACCAUCAUUAAAAAAGUAUAUUUCUUUAUUGACUUCACCAGAUGACAAAUGUAGGAGAUACAUAGCCACCUUUGCCCUUUUACCAUGUGAAAUUUUCUCCUCUGGCUGUUGGUGCUGUAACUUUGAUGUUACCUCCAUUGUCAGAUAAGGACAAACUUAAGUUUUAUAAUUUUUAAAAUAUUGAAAUGUUUUGUCUGUGGACUCAUUGGUACAAAAGUCUUGACAAAAGUUAAAGACAUAUUCACAUUAUCUUCUUCCACUUUUAUUUGCUACAAGAAUAUAAACGGGUUUGUAUCACAUUUUUUUGUUUCAGUCAAGGCCAUCAGCUUUCUGUAAAACGACUAAAGUUUAGGCCUGUACUUGGCUUAGCUGGAGAACAGCAGACUACUAAGGAUGCCAAAAGCUGGCUACAGCUGGCCAGCUGUGGUGCUGAUCACUGCUUGAAGAUUCACAACA